AUGAAGGGAAUUCUUUCUUUCUUUCUUUCUUUCUUUCUUUCUUCCUUUUUCUGUAAAUCGUCUCUUUCUUUCUUUCUUUCUUUUUUCUUACCAUACUGCGUUUUCUUUCUUUCUUUCUUUCUUUCUUUCUUUCUUUCUUUCUUUCUUUAUUUAUUUAUUUAUUUAUUUUCAUCUUCGUUCUUUCUGUCUUUCAUUCUUUCUUUCUUCCUACCCUCUUUUCUUUCUUUCUUUUUCCUAUUUCUUUUUGUCUCUUUUCAAAGACUAUUCAGUACUUUUUCGUUAUGCUCCCAUUAUUACUUGCACAUUCUUAUUUGGCACUGGUUGACCCAUGUCGAUGUUCAUGGACCAAGACGACUUAUCCUAUAUUCUUUCCUCGUUCUUCCUACUCUUUUUCUUCUCUCUAAAUUUCUUUCUUUCUUUCUUUUUUCCUUCAUUACUUCAAUCCUCCUUCCUACUGUCAUUGUUUGCGUCAUCUCUUCUCUCCCUCUCCUCUCACUCUUACUCUUUUACCUUUUCUCAUCCUUCAUAUUCUCCAGUUCUCUCUCUCCUUCUUGUUUACUUCUACUCUCCCUUUCGUCCUCCUCCUCCCUUCUUUCUGUUCGCUUACUGUUGGCCUUAGUUUUCCUCUUCUUUUUAGCUUUCUAUAUGCGUUUCCGAAUCAGCAUUUUACCCGGCUUGUUAAUCGACACACAAUACAGAUUCGUUCGUCCAUUCUUUUCUUGUUCCUUACUCUUUCAUUUGUUUCUUAUCCUAUUAUUUGUUCUCUAUUGUAUCAUUUAUACCUUUUACCCUAUCGUUCCUUCCUUAUUCUGUCAUUUGUUGUUUAUCCUUUCAUUUCUUCUUUUAUUCUUCAUUUAUUCGUUAUUCUCUCAUUUCCUUCCUUAUUCUAUCCUUUGUUCCUCACACUAUAAAUUUGUCUGCCAUCAUUUCCUUUGUUCAUUACAUUCUUAUCUGUUCCUUGUCUUAACAUUCGCUCCUUAUCCUUUCAUUUGUUCUUUUAUUCUUUCAUUUAUCUUUUGA